GGGGCCUCUUUCCGAUUCGCCCCCCGGAGAAUUUGACCCCUCCCAUGGGCUGCGUGAACACUUGCUGUUGGUCAAAUGCAGAGCAGUGAUUUCACUCCAAGCACGAGCAGGUUCACCAACGGAGGCCUGCACUACGAAGCGAGGUUACUGGCUCAUGGGGAAGUUGGCCGAGGGGACGCUGAUGCCUUCUGUGCUGGAGGACGAUGACGCAGGAAGUAGAAAGUGAGAUGCUGCAGCUGGAAGAGCAAAGAGCGAGCUUGACAGAGGUGGACGUGCGUGGGCCGGACGGCCGACCCCCCGGCCUCGAUGGGAGCGCUCCAGACGGAGGUGAGGGCGAGGGUGAAGAGGAGGAGGAGGAGGACGAGCGGGGAGGAGAAGAGAGUGUGAACUCUGACGAGUACUACGACACGGAUUUGGAAGACGAGGAGGUGGCGCUCGAGUCCCCGGAGAAGACGAGCUACCUGAAGGCGUGCGAGGCGUUGCACGUGGUGCCCGCCUCUCACUACCUGCGGCACAUGAAAGAUGCCGAGCUGAACAUGAUGCACCGUGGGCUCGGGCCUCAGGGCACCAGAGCGCUGGCGGUUCCCCUGGCAACCAACACUUCAAUACUGAGACUGAACCUGCGAGAUAAUGCGAUGGAAGGACUGGGCGGAGCGGCCAUAGCCAAGAUGUUGACGGAAAAUAUUUACAUCGCAGAGGUGGACGUGUCCAACAACAACCUUGGGGACCACGGGGCCAGUGCCUUCGGUGGGAUGCUCGAGGAGACAGGCUACUUGAAGAGCCUCAAUCUGUCGGAAAACGGUUUCACCAACGUCGCCGCCAAACCGCUCGGCCAAGCCCUCGUCGUCAACUCCGAGCUGCUGCACCUCGACCUCAGUCGCAAUGCUCUGGGCGAGCGGUCAGGCCAUAUCCUCGGAUACUCUCUGUCGGAGAACACGAGGUUGAGGUCACUGAGUCUGGCCUGGAACUCCAUCCGAGGGAGAGGAGCUGUGAUGCUGGCCAAUGGCCUCGCGGCAAACAUGUUCCUCAAAUCUGUGGAUCUGUCAUCGAAUGGCUUCGGCAAAGAAGCCGCCGCCGCUUUGGGGCAGGCUCUGAAAGACAACUACGUUUUGGAGGAGUUGAAUGUGAGUAACAACCUGAUACACACCGAGGGAGCCAUCCACUUCGCCACGGGCCUCAAAGUAAACAGGACAAUCAAAUCCCUGAACAUUUCUAGGAACCCCAUCCAGAAUGCUGGGUGCUAUGGCAUCCUCAAGUCUAUCCGGGAUAACCCAGAUUCAGCCAUUGAAGAUUUAGACUUUUCUGGAAUCCCAGUGUCCCAGGAUUUCGAAGACUUGCACGCAAGGGUGAAAGGAAUACACAGUGCGCUGACGGUGCAUCACGGGGGCAGAUUUGGCACAUUAAAAGCUUUCCCUUAGUUCGGUGGAUCUGUCCAAUUCAAUCUAUCCGAGUGAUGCUACCUGAUUUAAUGUUAUAUAAUGUCAGUGGGUAGAAUGAUGGAGAGGAUCAGAGAGCACCGCGUUGUGUAUGAAACGAUCCGAAAGUGGGCUGCACAAAAGGGAUUUAAGUGCUGCACGACUAGUUUAACAGAGAAAGCAGCUUUGAAAGAAAGAGCCACUCUUAGAUAAGAGACCUGUUUGCUGCGGCAAGACAACACCAAACUGUUAGAUACAGUAAGCAGCAGCGAUGUAUUCCUCCCACACACUCACACGCGCACACACACACACGCACACACCAUUAUAUUCUAUAUUAUGAUAAUACCAAAUAUACAUAUGGUCUGUUCAACUUUAUCAUAUAGUCCAUUUUAUUAUCUUCAAAUGCAGUGGAGGAAGUGGCUAGACACCAACCUUUAAUACUGUCUUUAUAUGCAAUGUUGUAAGUUUUAUAUUUUGUGUAACUACGUGGUUUAAAGGGAAGGAUUUCCAGAGGGAAAUGUUGUUCUUCUUUGCAGAGAAAUUAUUUAAAACCAACAAACAAUGGUUAUGCAACUGGUGCAGCUGCAAAAACUAUAAUUAAUGUAUCUCUGGUUAUGUAGUAUUUUAUCUUUAAGUCUACAAAUGAAUUCUAAUAAAAUUUUGUAUAGGUUACAAGUAUUUUAGCUAAGAGUGAUAGCUGAAAUUCUUUUUCUCCUGUUUCUCCUCCUCCUCCUUCUUCUUCUUCUUCUUCUUCUUCUCACUGGGGGUGGACGGAUCUCUAGUGCUAAACUUUUAGCAGAGGGGUAGCAUAAUUACAGUGGAUGUGAGUGUGAAUGAAACAGGUUUUUGUUUGGUUGGUGUUUGUUUUCAUUAGCUUAUUUUGAAAUUGUUUUAUUGAAGGAUUUUUAAAAUAUGUUCCUAAAAUAAAGUUGCGUAAAAAGUCA